CGCAAAUCAAGAUACUAUUCCACUAACAAUACAGUUUGAUCUCCUUUCCUAGGUGGACGUUUAGUCGAUCGUCUCACAAGAAUUUAAUCUUAUCAUUGUUCCGUAACCGUUAUUUGGGGAAAUUGUACACCAUCGGUACAGCUUCCCUGAUAGGGUCGUUGUAAGUAACUUAUGAUUCAGUUCCAUCGUAGACACCAUCUUAAACAGACGCGUAAUCGCACAACAGUAGAACAACAUGUGCCUAAGGCCAUUAAUGGUGAUAAUCUUCGUAGGUGCUGUUCAUGGAAUACUUAUCGUAGGUCCUAAAUUCAUUCGGGCCAAUCAGAACUACACAGUGGUUGUUAGUAAUUUUCUAGCACAUCUGAGCAAGGUGGAGUUAAUUAUGCGAUUGGAGGGCAAAUCGGACGAUAGAACGGUUCUUAACGUAACGGAGAUAAUUGAAGUUUGGCGGAGGAUGACUAAAGAGAUUACGUUCAAUUUGCCAGAAGACUUAUCAACUGGGAAUUACCGAAUCAUCAUUGACGGACAACGUGGCUUUAGCUUUCACAAGGAAGCCGAUUUGGUGCUCCUCAGCAAAACCAUAUCUGGUUUAAUACAGAUCAAUAAGCCCGUGUUCAAACCGGGCGACACCGUUCAAUUUCGCGUGAUAGUGCUGGACACGGAGCUGAAACCUCCUGCACGGAUAAAAACAGCUCACGUAACGAUCCGUGAUCCUCAAAACAAUGUGGUUCGGAACUGGCCAUCGGCUGAAUUGUACACCGGAGUGUUUGAGAGUAAUCUUCAAAUCGCGCCAAAACCAAAGCUGGGCAUGUGGAACAUCUUAGUACUGGUGGACGGAGAAGAACUCGUGACCAAGACAUUCGAGGUAAAGAAAUAUGUGUUGACCUCGUUUGACGUAGAGGUGGCGCCAACUGUUGUUCCUCUGGAAAAGAAUCAAUGUUUGAAUCUGACGAUAGCAGCCAACGAUCACUUCGGGAAACCAGUGAAAGGGCAGGUCAAGGUGGAGCUGUACUUGGAGGACGAUAAGCGAAUUCAGGUGAAAGAGUUCGAAAUGUCCGGGCUGGGGCAGGUGAAUUUCCGUUUCAAUGAACAACUGGAACUGCACAACGAUCAACAGGACGUGCUUGUAAAGACGACCUUCGUGGAGCAGUUUACAGAACGGAUUGUGUUGAAAGAAUCACAAAUCACUGUGUACAAAUAUCCGUACCGCAUGGAAUUGAUCAAGGAAAGCCCGCAAUUCCGUCCAAGGCUUCCCUUUAAGUGUACUCUUCAGUUCCGAUAUCACGAUGAAACACCUGCUAUAGGUAUCACCGGUAAGGUGAAAGUGAUGGAGGUCGGAUAUGAAACAACGGCCACUACCGACGAUAAAGGAAGAAUCUUACUGGAGUUGAGUCCCAGCGACAGUACAGACGCAAUGGUUAUAUACUUUUCCAACGAUGAUGAUGGAUUCUUCUUUAACGAACAAGUAGACAAAGUUAGUGCCGUGACGGAUGCAUACCUGAAAUUGGAAUUAAAUUCUCCUGUUAUGUUGCAUAGUAUGUUGCGCUGUGUUGUUACAUGUAGCGAUGGUGUUAAAUUCUUCGCGUACUACAUUUUGUCGAAGGGCAACAUCGUUGAUUCCGGUUAUAUUAGAACGAACCAGCAAAACAAACAUCCGUUCCGGUUCAUGGCCACGGAGAAGAUGCUACCGAAGGCGAGAAUUAUCGUACUAACCGUCGCAAACGAAAUGGUGGUGCACGACGUACUGGACAUCGAUUUCGUAGGGCUUCGUAACAAUUUUGAAUUGAGCAUAGAUAAGCAGCAAGUGAAGCCGGGACAACAAAUCGAACUCCGAAUGUCUGGAAGACCGGGAGCGUAUGUGGGAUUGGCGGCAUACGACAAAAGUUUGCUGUACUACAACGCAAACCAUGAUAUAUUCUGGAAGGACGUCAUGCAAUUGAAUGAUGGAUUUCAUACCAUCGAUGAGAAUGAGUUUGACAAGUUUCAUAGCACAGGACUGUUCGUUAGGACGACGCAUGACAUCAUGUUCAGCAGAGCCCACGAUAUGUCUGCUCGAGAUGGACUGCAGACAAGCAAUCCCAAUACCAAAUUACCCUUGUACCGGACAAACUUUCUAGAAUCGUGGUUAUGGAAGAAUGUGACCAUUAGAAGAUCUGGAACGCGUACGAUUUAUGAAGUUGUGCCAGAUUCGACCACAUCCUGGUACUUGACGGGGUUCUCCAUUGAUCCGGUUUACGGUUUGGGCAUCAUCAAAAAGCCCAUUGAGUUCACAACGAUUCUACCAUUCUACAUCAAGGAAAAUCUUCCAUACUCUAUCAAGCGAGGUGAAAUCGUCGUGUUGCAGUUUACACUGUUUAACAAUCUUGAAGGAGAGCACACCGCUGAUGUGACGCUCUACAAUGUGGCUAAUCAGAUGGAAUUUAUUGGACGACCUCUGGAAGAUAAAAACUACACAACAUCCGUUAGCAUUCCUCCAAAGAUUAGUGUACCGAUCUCAUUUCUUGUGAAGGCCCGAUCGUUCGGAGAGAUAACUGUACGGAUUGAAGCUACGAUCAAGUCAAUUCACGAAAGGGAAGGACUGGAGAAAGUAAUUCGAGUUGAGCCAGAAAGUGUGUUACGACGAAGGACGGAAUCUCGGUUCUUCGGCUCCGAUACACACAAAUCUCAAACCAUCCUUAUUAAUUUAGACAAAAAUGUGGACAACGAUUCGAGAAAGAUUGAGUUCCGACUAUAUCCCAAUAUGUUUAAAAUAUUUACUCUUAGAAAGUUGGAUGAUCUGCUCGCUGUCCCGUCUGGUGAUGGAGAGCUGAACAUGGUUAACUUUGUACCAAACAUUGUUGUACUCGAAUACCUGCAUGCUAUUGGUUCGAAGGAACAAAGUCUGAUUGAUAAAGCUACCAAUCUGUUGCGCCAAGGCUAUCAAAAUCAGAUGCGUUAUCGACAGACAGAUGGUUCAUUUGGUGUGUGGCAAAGUACUGGUGGUAGCAUCUUCCUUACCGCUUUCGUCGGAAAUUCGAUACAAAUUGCGUCGAAGUAUAUAAGUGAGGUUGAUGUGGCUAUGGCCGAGAAGGCCUAUGAUUGGCUUGCUUCGAAGCAGCACAGUUCGGGAAGGUUCGAUGAGGUUGGUUCCGUUAUUCAUAAAAAUAUGCAAGGCGGUCUACGUAAUGGCAUUUCACUGACAUCUUACGUGGUGGCAGCACUUCUAGAGAACGAGAAUGCCAAAUUGAAGCACGCGACAGUGAUCGAAAAGGCAAUGAACUAUCUAAGCAAGCAAAUAGAGUCCAUCCAGGAACUUUACGAUUUGUCCAUUGUCACCUAUGCCUUGAUGUUGAAUGGCCACAGCAUGAGAACCAAGGCAUUUAGUAGGUUAUUAGUCAUGUCUUCCUUUGCGAAUAACUUUACGGAACAGUAUUGGCGCACAACAAACAGCAUAGAGACGACCGCUUACGCGUUGUUAUCAUUUGUAUUAGCGGAGAAGUAUCUCGACGGUAUUUCUGUGAUGCAUUGGCUAAUGCAGCAACACUACGUUACCGGAAGCAUACCACACACUCAGGAUACCUUCGUAGGACUAAAGGCACUGACAAAGUUUUCGGAAAAAAUCUCUCCUUCACGAAACAACUACACCUUAAAGCUGAAGCAUAAAAAGGCUACGCGAUAUUUCAAUAUAACCUCGCAAGACAUCUAUAUUACCGACUUCGAGGACAUACCGAAGAACACAAAGUCUCUGGAGAUCAAUGUCGAUGGAAUCGGGUUCGGAUUAUUGGAGGUGAUCUAUAAGUACCGUUUAAAACUCGUGAACUUCGAGAACCGAUUCAAGCUGGAUGUAGAGAAACAAAACACGGACUCUGACUACGAGCUGCGGCUAAAGGUGUGUGCUAACUUCAUACCCGAAGUGUCGGAUGAUCGUUCGAACAUGGCGGUGAUCGAGGUGUACUUCCCUAGCGGAUACGUUGUCGAUGGGAAGCCAAUCAGCGAGCAUACUUUCAAUAAUGCGACACAGAAAAUUGAAAUUAGGUACAGUGGCACAUCCGUUUUUGUGUAUUACAACAAUAUGGGCAUCGAAAGGAACUGCUUCACUGUAACGGCUUACAGGCGGUUCAUGGUGACUCUGAAUCGUCCAGCAUAUGUGAUCGUUUCCGAUCAUUUCAACCCAGAGUGGUAUGCAACUAAAUUGUACGAAGAGAGGUCAUAGGAGUUCUGCCUUGCGGUAUGUACAUUUUCAAAAAUGUUGAAACAACUGGUUCCACGGUUGUAGUGGUAAGCGCAACACUAGGAACGGUUAGAAAGUAAAAUUAGAUACAAGAAGUUGUAAUAAAGCAAGAAAGCAAAAGAAAAAGACCGAAUCUUCGUUGCCGUGUAACAAACGUACUGCGAAAUCAUCUUUAAGUACGAAAUGUGCUGCAUAUACUGCAUGUAGUACGAUCAAUUUGGCCUUUUCUUUGGACGGGAGGAGAGGGGGUGUGAGGGUUGGGAACGUUGGAAGUGGAGUGUAUAUAAAGUUGAAUGUCUGCUGGCAGGAGGAUUGGUGAGUUGAUCGAACUGUGAAGGACAGCACUGACUCAAGUCGAUCGUGAAAUGGUGCGACAUCUUUCCAGAGAUUCUAAACCAAGGAGUUGACACCUCCGCAUGGUGAAAAAAGUGCACGAUGUUUGAACGCGUUCUGACCGUGGGAUUGCAGUUUUGAACGUAGAAAUCCAUAUUAUCUCUGAUGGUAGUCCAUAUUAGGUUAUUUUGUCCAUAGCAUAACAUAACGAUUUGAGUGUAAGUGGAUCUAUAAAGUCGACUGCCGAAUGUGAUAAAAUUACCUUAAUGAGCAAAACUUUAUUAUCUAAUCAUACACCAAGGUCUUUUAUGUAUGUUGAAAAAAGGACAUAGUUACAUAAGACAUGGAAGGGUAAAAAAUAACAUGAAGAACAGUUGACCGAGGACAGAGCCUAGCGAUACAACUGAGGAAAGCGAGAAGGGUUGGAGAAGCCGAGUUUGUUACGAAGAAUUCGUUUCCAGGAAACUCGAUCAACGGCUGCAGGCUGUACCAUGUACGACUGUAUCCGGUCUCCGACAGGUUCGACUCCACCUGAUCCAGCCAACGAGCUCGCUAUGCUCCUCUCCGCCUCUUGCCGAACGGAUCGCUGACGAUCACCUUCCUGGUAGGGCAUUAGUCCGGCAUCCUCGUCGCUUGCACCAGCCUUUGUCUACAUCCGGCUUUGACAAACGUCAGGAUAUCUGCACCGCCAAACAGCUCAGCUAGCUCGUGGUUCAGGCUCCUUCUCCACACGCCCUGCUCUCACACACCGUCAAAGAUCUUUAGCACCCGCCGUAUCAAAAUGACGAGUGUAUUGGCAACCUCCGUAAGCAUAGUCCAGGACUCAUACCCGUAGAAUAUGUUUCGUAUGUUUCUGGAGUUUUCUGAUCGUAGGACAACCUAUCUGCGACAAUAAAUAAUAUUCGAUCGUUUGAUCUUCAAAUUCUACCAAGAACACUUUACUGUGCAACACAGGGUUAGGGGAAUUAGUAUUGAGUGUAACAAAGUUGCAUCUAGUUGAAUGACAGUGUAAAUUUAGCUGGUUAUUAUAGUACAGUAAUAUCGAUCCUGUAAAAAAGGAAACGAUACAGGUCCGUCGUUGCUUAUUCCAUCUCCAAGGUUAACGUUCUGGACUGGACUUUAUUGAUGGGACGAAUAUCUCUUAAUUUUCUUCGGCUAGGUACC